AUGGCGGCCUCCACGAGCGGUGUCUAUGUCAGUGUUAUUAAGGAUGUCAUCAACAAGGUCCGCGAGGAGUUCAUGAACAACGGCCCUGGGGAAGACGUUCUGAAUGAGCUUCAAGGAACUUGGGAGGCGAAAACGGUGCAGGCUGGUGUAGUAAAUAAUCCUAUAGAGAGGUCGUCGGCAAAGGGAACGCCUGGCAGUGGGGUUACUCCAAUUCACGAUCUCAAGGUACCGUAUGAAGGGACCGAGAAGUACAAAACUCCCACUGCUGAGAUGCUCUUCCCUCCAACGCCGUUGCAAACCCCAAUUCCUGCAACCCCAAUUCCAACACCUCUACCUGGAACUGGUGACAACAUGUAUAACAUCCCUACCGGAGGUAGUGAAUAUUCUGCAAAUGAGUCUGGUAGCAGCAAUGGUGGUGUCAAUGCAGAGUUGAAAGCUGGAAGAUCUGGCCCCUACAUGCAACCUCCAUCUACUUGGAUGAACCACCCGUCCCACGACCUCAACUUACGUGUACGGUUCAUGUGCAGCUUCGGCGGUAAGAUCCUGCCACGCCCGCACGAUAAUCAGCUUCGCUAUGUCGGCGGCGAUACCCGAAUUGUCGUUGUGCAUCGCACCGUCUCUACCCUUCCGCCUUCUCUCUCUCCUCUGCGUUGCUAUCUCUUCAGGUCACUCCGAGGUAGUGAGGCUGAUGUUUGA